UCUGUGUGCUGCUUCACUGCAUGCACUGGCUGCUCCUACCUCCUCCCCCUCUUGUUUCUCUUUCACUGCCUGGGAUCAGCAGUCUUCAAUGAAGAAAGCCCAGCAAAGAUGCUUGCAAGAGCUACAUGGACAGAAUCUAAGCACUGUAAAACAGCAUGUUUUAAACUAGAGAUGCAGCAAGGUGAUUGAAUAUUGGCCAUUGUCAAAUUGGCAUUUCUCAGCAGUCAUAUUGGCUGGAAGCAAGAGUAGAAUCAAUGGUCUUUCUGAGUGAUUCAUUCUAAAACUGCAGACCUAGGAUGAUACCGUGCUGCAUUCUGAUGUAGAAGAAAUCCUAUAUUUGUUUUAGCGUGCGGAAACAGAAGGGAUAUUGCUUGAGUGAAGGAAGGGGAGAAAGAAGAUAGCACACCUGCAUGCAUGGACGUGUUUGGCUUUGCUAAGAUUGCUAAGCUAUCCAGCUCAGGAGUUAUACAAGACGCUACCAUCACCAAAACUCAGAAGUAUCAACGUGACCUUCAUUCUCAUUUUCCGGGCUGGCAUCCUGGGGAGGAAGAAAGUCUUGAUCUCUCCUCGACUCUUCAAAGAUCCAGUCAUAGAUCAAAAUCUUCUGGGUGGCCUCCACCUUCUGGGACCUGGAGUUUGCCACAGGGACCACCUUAUGGAUGGGAGAUGGCGACAAACCGAGAUGGAAGAGACUUCUUCAUCAGUCACUUGACACAAGCGGGGACAUUUGAAGAUCUUCGAAUUGAAAGCUGCCAAAUCAACCCUCCUGUACCAAGGAAUGUGGAAAUGAGGAGAGAUCCAGUUCUUGGCUUUGGAUUUGUCGCUGGGAGCGAAAAACCUGUUGUUGUCCGCUCAGUUACACCAGGUGGACCCUCUGAAGGAAAAUUAGUCCCAGGGGAUCAGAUCAUUAUGAUAAAUGAGGAGCCAGUCAGCAAUGCUCCAAGAGAGCGAGUGAUCGACCUUGUCAGAAGUUGCAAGGAAUCAAUACUCCUCACAGUCGUGCAGCCAUACCCAUCCCCUAAAUCAGCAUUUAUUAGUGCUGCCAAGAAAGCAAGGUUGAAGUCCAAUCCAGUAAAAGUUCGUUUUUCGGAGGAAGUUAUAAUAAAUGGACAGGUUUCGGAAACAGUCAAAGAUAAUUCCCUUCUAUUCAUGCCAAAUGUCCUAAAGGUGUACUUGGAAAAUGGACAAACCAAAUCUUUUCGCUUUGACAAUGGUACUUCUAUAAAGGAUGUUAUUAUAACACUUCAAGAAAAGCUUUCGAUAAAGUGCAUUGAACACUUUUCCCUGAUGUUGGAGCAAAGAACAGAAGGAGCUGGAACCAAACUUCUCUUAUUACAUGAACAGGAGACACUAACUCAGGUGACUCAGAGACCCAGUUCGCAUAUGAUGAGAUGUCUGUUUAGAAUAAGUUUUGUUCCAAAGGAUCCAAUUGACCUUCUUCGGAGGGACCCAGUUGCCUUUGAAUAUUUAUAUGUGCAGAGUUGCAAUGAUGUGGUUCAGGAGAGAUUUGGACCAGAGUUAAAGUAUGAUAUUGCUUUGAGACUAGCAGCACUCCAGAUGUACAUUGCAACAGUCACCACCAAGCAGACGCAGAAAAUCUCUCUAAAAUAUAUUGAAAAAGAAUGGGGAUUAGAGACCUUCCUUCCAUCUGCUGUGUUGCAAAGCAUGAAGGAAAAGAAUAUAAAAAAAGCACUGUCACACCUUGUCAAAGCUAAUCAAAACCUCGUUCCUCCGGGCAAAAAGCUAUCUGCUCUACAAGCCAAAGUGCACUAUCUGAAGUUCCUUAGUGACUUGCGCUUAUACGGAGGACGUGUAUUUAAAGCAAAAUUGGUUCAGGGAGAAAAACAUUCAGAUGUGACCUUGUUAGUUGGUCCCCGAUAUGGUAUCAGUCACGUAAUCAACACAAAAACAAACUUGGUAGCCCUACUUGCUGACUUCAGCCAUGUGAAUCGGAUUGAAAUGUUUACAGAAGAUGAAAUAAUAGUCAGAGUAGAGCUUCAUGUUCUUGAUGUAAAACCUAUAACGUUGCUUAUGGAGUCAUCGGAUGCCAUGAACCUUGCCUGUUUAACAGCAGGUUAUUACCGACUUUUGGUAGAUUCCAGACGUUCGAUAUUUAAUGUGGCAAAUAAAAACAUGGCCAAUCGUGAAGCAGGAAAUGAAAUUCGAACUAAACCUAAUUAUCAUGAUUGUGAUUGGAAUUACUUACCAAAAUCAUCAAUAUUUGCUUACGAAGAAAAUCAGGAACCACAACAAAUAUUUGUAGACUUAAAACAAAGAAAUAUGGAGGUCUCAGAAAGUGCUUUACAUCACAAAGAUCACCGGAGCUUGUACAUAGAAACUACUUUUAAUUCAGGGGAACUUGAUCAACAGCUAACCAAACAAUGCGAUCACAUUGACUUUGAGAAAAGCCUUGGUAUUAGCCAGCCAUUACUUUCUCUCUCAGGGCUGGAACACUCUAGCACAGCACAAGACUCUCCCAGGAGUGCAAAAGUGUCUUUUAUAUUUGGGGACCAUAAUCUGGACACUAUAAACCCUCAGACACUUGGCUAUGAGAGAUUGCUGGAUGAAAGCCCUGAAAUGUUAGAUAAGCAAAGUGUAAUUUACUUAAACAAUGCCAAUGACAUUAAAGACCUAGACUUAGCGUCCGAUACCGAAAGCAUUGAUUUUGCUGCUAAUGCUGUUUAUGCAAAUAUAUCUGAGAGUAAAAUCUUUGGAAACACACAAGGAAUUGAAGAGCCCCUUCUGUUACAUGACAUAUGUUAUUCUGAAACCACAGAUGAUGUUGAGGACGAAGAUGAGGCAAGUUGUGAGGAAGAUCUUAUGGUGCCAGAGGAUAAUAGAACAGAUAUACUUAGCAUGUCAGGAUCCAGUGAUGAUAUCAUUGAUCUGACCUCACUUCCACCACCUGAAGGAGAUGACAAUGAAGAUGAUUUUUUGUUGCAUUCCUUGAACUUGGCUAUUGCCGCCCCUCCUCCUGGUUUCAGAGACAGCUCGGAUGAAGAAGACUGUCAGAAUCAGUCUGCUUCAGGUGUCAGUGUGUCUGUUGAUGACAUCCCUGUCUCUCUAAUAGAUGCUGUUCCAACAAACACAGAUGAAAAAUGUGAGACAACCCUAGAAGAAGUAGUAGUAGUUUCAAAUCUACAAGCAAUGCAAGAUUUGGCUGUGUCGGAGGAAAUCCAAGCAGAUGACACCUCAGGUGUAACAAUAUUAAGAGCAUAUAGUCCAGAAUCAUCAUCGGAUUCUGGUAAUGAAACAAACUCCUCGGAAAUGACAGAGAGUUCGGAACUGGCCUCUGCCCAGAAACAGGCGGACAAUCCAUCUCGAAUUAUUUUUCCAACUGGUGAAGGUUACCAGCCACUGAUAGCAGAGCAGAUGGAAUUUUCUCUUGCCAAGAACCAAGCUGGAUGUAUGUCUCUUAAAUCUUCCUCUUCCUUAGUGAAUCGGCAAGCAGUGGAACUCCAAUCAAAAGCUGUGCCUUCAAAACAAAUGCUUCAUUCUGAUAACAUUGAAAUGGAACCAGAAACCAUGGAGACAAAAUCUGUCACCGACUACUUUAAUAAAAUGCAAAUGGGGUCCUUGGUGUAUGCCUGCAAAAGAAAAAAUAAACCAGAUGCAGAAAUGAAAACACAUUUUGACAUAAAUGUUACUGUCAAAAAUCAAGUAGGUAAACAAACACAAAGUGAUGGGGAAAUGAAAGCAAAACUAGAAAUGCAUCCCUCUAAAGAUUGUCAACAACUCAGUAAUUUUAAUUUGGAAAGAACUGCUUUUCGUAAAGACAAUCAGCGAUGGUACAACACCACUGAUAAGGGAACUAGUGACAGGUUACCAUCAGGAACCAUGUAUGCUAAGACAUUGCCAAGGCUUUCUGGUGUAGCAAACAGCAAAAAUGAAAAUAAUAGCAAAGACGACAUAAAUAUUGAAACUGUGCUUUCUGACCAUGAGGAUAUAUUUAUUUCCAAUGCAAACUUCAGUUCUUCUUCCAAAGAACUUGGUGAGUCUGAUGCUGAUGACAACUCUACAGAGAAUAUUUCUAAAUUAGCAGAUAUAGAUCAGAGCAUAAACAGAAUUUGUGAGUAUCACAUCGCCAAGAAUAUUUCAUCACUUCAGAGUGAAGGACACUUUUCUCUGCAGAGCUCCCAGUGUUCAUCUAUGGAUGCUGGAUGCAGUACUGGUAGCAGCUCAUGUGCAACUCCAGUUGAGUCCCCACUGUGUUCAUCAGAUGUUAAACAUAGUCUGUCCGAUACACCGGUAAAGAGUGGAAAUUAUGUAAGCCCUGAUGAGAGACAGUCGAUCCUUCCAAACCACGGGGCAUCAUAUCCAGAGCUGCAUCAACAAGGUGACACUUCUUGUCACAGGAUCAAUGUUUCUGCACAUACAUCAGUGAAUACAGACCCAAUGUUUGGAACCUUAAGGGAUGGAAGUCAUCGGAUUUCUAAAAUUAAAGAAACCACAGCUUGGACAGAGCCUGCAAAAGGAAGACGAGGAGAUGGCAUGCCUGCAGCUACAGUUAAACACCCUAAAGGUGACCCUACUGCUUCAUCCAGCAUUUGCUCAGAGUCAAAUGUGCCAACUCAGAAACCAGACCCUCUCCAUUUUCACCAAUGGAACCAGGCAUGUGCAGCAGAAAUCAGCCCACACCAAUAUGAUAUCAUAGGAGGAAGUCUGAAAAUGCCACAUAACAGAAAGGUACUGCGACGGAGCAGCAGCGUAAUUACAAGAUCCUCAGGCAUGGAUACAAGCGACAAGAACAUUUCCUCAAUAAACUUGUGCUUGGAUGGAGUAGAGAAGGAACCCUCCAGAUCUGAAAAGCGGUUUGAGCUCCCAAUGGGGAAAAAGCUGUCCAAAAGUUGUUCCCAUAGUUCUGUCAAUUCUAUCAGUGAGAGCAAAGAUGGCAAAAGGUCUACUACUGGUGGUUCUAUGCAAAAGGUACAAAAACAAUCAAGGUCACUCCCUCUGUUGAAAUUAGAUGCAAGCAAUUGGAAAUGUCGAGGGCCCUUUAGUUACUGCUUCCAAAACAAGCAAAACAAUGGUGACGAAGAAGAGGAUGAAUGUGAAGAGAUAGACAAUGGGAAUAAUAAUGAGAGCAAAGAAUUAUCAUGUGUGUAUGUACCACAAUCACCAGCGGAAGGGCAAAAAGGAGAUUUGCCCACAUCAAGCGGUGGUAAAGAGCUAGAAUCUCCCAGAGCCACUAUAGUAAUGGCCACAAAAUGCAUCGAUAAUGAUCAGGUUGCUGGACAAUCUGAAUUUAAUGUCCAGAACAUGGACUUCGAUGAGAAGAUUGCCAGAAUAAAUGCACUAAAAGAAACAGUUUAUGCAAUACCUGAUGGAUUUCAUGCUGCUCAAAGAGAUGCUAACGAUUUACUCUGCCUAAUACGAUCAAACCACUCUGGAAAGGGGGAAGAUGCAAUCUUGGAUACUCAUGACCAGGAGCUGUCUCAGUACAAACAAAGUUUGUCCUCAGAGUCAAGACAGCUUGGAAGUGCCUGCAAGAAAAUGGCCGCCACAGACAAAAGCCCAGAGGAAAUGCUGUCGGCCAUGACCUCAAGUUUUCAUAUCCUUUGUUGUCUAACAGAAGCUUGCAUGAGACUAGUGAAAGCUGUGAACUCUGAAACACAGCAACAAGAAAUUGUAGCAAAAAUAGAUGAAGUGGUGCUGAACUACAUCUGUUUGCUGAAGGCCGCUGAAACCACAUCGGUAAAAAUGUUUAAUGACCCCAAUGUUAAACUCAUGGCUCGACAUUCUAGUACUAUGGCUGCCGUUGUAAGCACACUAACUCGUUCUCUUAAAACGCUUUUGAACAAAUAAAGUAAGACAGUCAUUUCAUAGACUACCUUAAUAAAGCCAUACGUGAACUUUACUUUACAUGUGUAUAGACCAAUGUAGAUCACAUUACCUCUCUGUUAGGAUCUUAUACAUAUUAUCCAGCCUAUAGAUAUAAAAUUGAAUGAAUCACUUUACUUAUCAGCAACAAUUGCUGGUGUAGUGCAUCCUACUUUAUAAAGUUAGCAUUCAAAAAACAUAAUGAAACACAAAUACUUCUCUUGCAUUAUCUGCAGGCACAUUAUAUUAAUAUGUAACCUUUGCUGCAUCUUCCUCUUUUCCUUCAGUCCAUGUCAUGUUAGAGAUAGGAAAAGGAACCAUAAUGUAAAUAGACAGUAUUUAAUAUUUUAAAUUAUCAUUUUUAAGCUCUGAAAUUAUGAAAUAUGUUUAAAUUUAAAAAAGGUCCUAUGAUUUACUA